GUGCCCGCCGCUGAAGCCCAGGACGCCUGCCCGCGCCCGCCGGCCCGCUGCUCCGAGCCGUCCGCUCUCCAGCCUCCAAGAUGUGGCACAACGUCGGGCUGACUCUGCUAGUGUUCGUGGCCACUCUGCUGAUCGUCCUGCUGCUGAUGGUGUGCGGUUGGUAUUUCGUAUGGCAUCUUUUUUUAUCAAAGUUCAAGUUUCUGCGGGAACUAGUGGGAGACACAGGCUCUCAGGAGGGAGAUCCUGAGCCUUCAGGGUCUGAAACAGAAGAAGAUGCUCCGUGGCCUCCGCACAGGAUCAGACCUGCUCGGCAGAGGAGGGCGCCUGCUGAUGAAGGCCGCUGACCCCAACCAGGGUCCUGUCUCAGUGAAGGAUGAAGGGCAGUGGGAGCCUCUGUCUGCAGGGACUUGGCUUUGCAGUUCGCUGAAAGAUCGAACAUUUAUACUUAGAUUUUAAGUCUAAUUUACAAAAAAGGUUUACAUGUAAGCCAUAUGAAAAUAAAGGGAAUUAAAACCAAAUUGGACCACUGCAAAUUUCAUCUUAAAGAUAAUCUUUUGCUUCACUAGCUUUCUACUCAGAUACUUAUUCUUUGGCUCUUGGAUUUAUUUUCUUGCACUGAUGUGAAUCUGGUAAACAUUACAGGCUUGAAAAAACCAUAUUUUGUUCUAUAAUGUGCAUUUUACUUUGUUUGAAAUUGGGGUGUAUGUCAUGAUUGCUGUCAACCAGGGCAGAGUCCUAAUGUAAUUAUCCUAGCCUAGUAAGUGUGAAAUUACAGCUUGUCAUUGCAUCAUCACCAUGUUGUUGGUAUCAAAUGUGUCAGGUUUAAUUGACAUUUAAAAUGUCUUCAAAAAGAUUGCACUAUGAUUCAGCAUUGAAACGAGAAGUUAUUGUGUAAUGCAGAAAAGCAUGGAAACAGAACAGCAGGUGUACAUUGAUAUUAGUGAAGCAAAUACCCAUCACUGGAGGGAUGAUUGCAAUUCUAUAUUUUCUUGUAAAGUAACCCAAAGUGCUUUACAGGACCAAGAAAGGAAGAUACCAGAACUGGCAAAGCUGUACUACGUUUCGUCUGUGAGACAUGCACAAAAGGAUUGCCUAUCACACGCCAACUAUGCAGUGGAAGGCAGGAGAAAUGGCCAAAAACCUUGGAAUAGAUGCAACAAAAUUCAAAGCAGUGAGAGCUUGGUGUGAUAGAUUCAUGCAUCAGGCAGGACUAUCACUAAGGCAACAGACGUUGUUCUGUCCAAAGGUUCCUGCCAACAUUCAACAGAAGACAGUGGUGGAGCACCCUUUCAACAAAUGCUGCCUCGCCAGUGCUCUUGAUGACACCAGGGUGGCUGUUGUGAAGACAUCUAUGACUGUGAUUUGAGAACUGAUUCAGAAGAGUUGAACUCAGAAUAUGAAGUUAUAGUUAUAACUUAACCAGUACACUUUCUUUACAUUUGCACAAGCUUGAUGUGAUAAAAAUCUAACUCUAAAAGCUCUGUUUCCAUAAGUAUAAAAUAAACAUUCGUCAUGAUAUGAAGGCAUCGUGUCAUAGAUUAACUGCCUGUUUUUUUUCUUAGUGAUACAUAUGGUGCAUCCUACAACUGAUGAUACCUUAGAUUUAAAAAGUUUGAAAAUUUAUUUUUCUUGCUAAAAGAGCAAUUAUUUAUUGGAGAACUUAAUUCUUACUCUUAUAAUAUAGUUAAAAUAGUUAUCCUCUAUGAGAUACAUUUUUGGGGGCAACCUAUUCAAGAUUUUAGAGUAGUAACUUAGGAAUCUAAGAGCUAUCUUCUACUUUAGGAAGAACAGGUAAGUUACUCCCUUUGUUUGGGGAGGACUUCAUGCUCAAGGUGUGUGUGUGAAGAAAACACUUCUUCACAAACCAUUCCAUGACAAAACCUCAGAAUUUCUAGGCAUUGAGGGAAAACUAGAGUAGCUGAGAAAUGCCUGCUUCACUGUAAAGUAACUCUGGCCAGCUUCCUGUGUUUGUCUUCCUUGAACUUUGGACUGUGUGUUUACUGGGGAAGGGAGAUGGAUUAAAGAACCUUCCUGUUUAGUGUUAAUAUGCUUUUUACAAGAAUGAAUUGCAAAGCCAGUUUAUUUUAUUAAUCCAAGUUUAUGCUUUUAAACUUUUUUCUCAAGUCACAGAAUAUCACCUGUUUUAGGACGGUGUGUAAUUAUGUUUGGUACUCAAACUUCAUGCUGGUAGCUUUGUUUAUCGAUAGUUCACUUGCUGUGCUCCAAGUUGUAUACCUGAUGAAGGCUUCUGCUGUUUUUGUAGCCCUUUGGAUAAACUAGAAGGGAAUUUACAGAGUACAACUUUAGUUUUAAUAUUAGCUAGGGGAGGAUCCUGCAGCAGCUGAGACUAGGGCCUAAUCUUUGUCUUUAUUUCCUUAUUGGAUGCAAUUUUCUGUUUUCAUGUGACUGUAGGGAUCACCAAACCAGUGACACAGUUUCAAGCAUUAACUUUAGUGCUUCAUACUAACUAAACAUUACACUAAGGUGAUCAUCAGUUAGGAAAAACAUUCAUUCCUAACAAGCUUCUUGGUACUGGGAGGAUAUUUAAAUAAGAUCUCAUAGUCUAAUAUUGAGUUAUAAAUUCUGCUUUAUAGUGAAUAUCUUGCAUUUCAGUAAUAAUAGCUGCUGAGAGCCUUAAGCAGCCAGAGAGCUUCCGUUUGUGAAGUAUUAAUGUUGGCUGAUGUAACCCCACACAAUCUGCAGGGUCAUCCACAGAGGACUACAGAUUAAUCCACCUAAAGGUGUACAUGUUGGCAUUAUUUAUUAAUAUUUAUGCUUCACAGAAGUCUCAAAUAGAAUUUUAAGAAAUGUUCUGCUUAACUUGGGCAAUAUAGCCAAAAGCAUAUUUAAUAGCUCAUACUCUACUGUGUUUUAACUCUUUAAGAGAGUAAAGAAGUCACGGAUGCCAAUAUGAAAAGUAUGUAAACUAAUUCCUUUGUGUAAAACCUUUUUGCCCUGCAGUCCUCUUCCCACAGUACGCUUACCAUAGUACCUAUUUCUGAGGCCACUUCAAAAGGCAAGAGAAAUAGUUGUUAGCACAGAAUUUAAUUAUUUGUGUGGUAUAGUGUUGUUGUUCUUUUUUUCGUGUUAGUACUUUUACAGCUGAACUUACCAGGAUUUAUCCUAAGUGCAUUUUCAGUUUCAGUAGGAGAUGGACUAGCCUCUGCUUGAUUUUAAAGCUUAGAAGGUUCUUGUUCCUUCCCAUCCAACCAUUCCAAAAUCUUGUUUGCCUCUGAAACGUUUGUGGAAGUUGCCUGUAUCAAAUGUAUUUGUAGCAUUGCUCUGACUUAAAUGCCAAAAACACUAAAUAUUUGUGAGGCACUGCUAAAUGAGGUUUUUAAUAUUUACAUUGAGCUAAAAAUAAAAUUGAUCCAAUGAAUUUUGUAGUAUUGUUUUCAUGGUGAAACAAACACUUUUUUUGUGGAUAGCCAGUUCACACAUGUGCUGACCCAUAUCUUCAGAUGUUACUAGUUUCAAAACAACUUCAAACUGUUAUUUUGCUGACAGCUGGGAAUAUAUUAAGUAAUAGUUUCUUAAAAUAUGGCAUUUUGAGCCAAAACGUGUUGAAAGAUUUGAAAGUAGUGCUUUUUUAUUUUUAAGAGUAACAAUUUUUGAAAUUGUUUUAAGUCAGUGAUGCAGUAUUUUUUAAAGUAAUUUUUUGUUAAAAGGUAUGUUUUACUGUAACUUGUAACCAAGUAACUUGAGAUUUUGACUGGUAAACUUCAAGUGUUUUUAUAUUUGAAGUUGGCUUUAAAAAGCUAAUGAGCUAUACUCAAAAGGUUAUAUAUAGACUCCCAAGCAGCUAAAUGGAACAGUAUUUUGUUUUGGAGUCUAGAAUUAAAGUACCUUGUAUUGUCUGCUUUUAAAGUAUCCUGUAACUUUUAGCUUAAUGCAUAAAGAGUAACAUCUUAUCUUAAUAAAAGUCACACUUUCUGUUUGUUAAUGUACGUGCAUUGCCUGUUUUAUAACCAGUGUUGAACAUUGCCCUCCAAGUCAGUUCUCUGAAUAACCAUUCACCAAAUACUGUUUCUUAAAGGAAAGGUUCUGUGCUGGGCCAUGAUGCAUUGUGAUCUGGCCACUUGACAAAAGGUUUAUAAGGAAUUAGAAUUGUGUGCAUUAAUAGUACCUUUAUAUAACGAGAUGUCAAA